UGACGUAGACAAACCCGGAAGCGGAAGUAGCGCGUAUGUUUACAUCGUUUACAGUCUGAUUGCGCCAGUUUACUUUCUCUAACGAGUGAGUGACACGUCAAGUGUUUUAAAUCGACGUCCACACAGCAAGACGGGUUUAUUUAAGGACCAGCUAGAGGAGCAGUUUCAGAUAUCUGGACUAAUCAGAAAUAGUUUGAGUUGAACAGAUAUUCGUGUUAGCUUAGCAUAUUAGCCUGGAGACUGUAAACAUGGCGCUGGUGGCGCUUUUCCUCUUCAACCUGCUCAUGUCUCCUCUCAUCUACUGCUGGAAUGACGGAGCCGUGUUACUCCGUGAUGUCCAGGCCCUGACGCUGUACAGGGGUCGGUACACGACGGCUCGCCGCUCCAGUCCUGUUCCUCAGCUGCAGUGUGUGGGAGGAUCAGCGGGCUGCUCCGCCUUCGUCCCUGAAGUGAUCCAGUGUCAGAAUAAAGGCUGGGACGGUGUGGACGUCCAGUGGGAGUGCAAGGCUGAUAUGGAUAACUGGUACCGUUUUGGAAAGGUGGAGGUCUCCUGUGAAGGCUACAACAGCCCCGAUGACCCGUAUGUACUGAGCGGCUCGUGCGGUCUCGAGUACACGCUGGAGCUCACAGCCGAGGGCCGGCAGAACCGGGGCUCGUCCCGAUUCUCCGACUUCACAUCCGGGUUCUUCCAGGGGAAGCAGCAGCAGGGAAGCAGCCAGCAUUUCCCGGGCGGCCUGUCGGGCGAGGGUUCAGGCAGCGUGGUGGUCAUCGCGUUCCUCCUGCUACUCGCCUACGCUGUUUAUAAGAUGUUCCUGUGUGACUCCACUCGCGGUUCCUAUGGAGAUGGGUUCAGAGGAAACCAAGGUCCUGAUGGAGCCGGCUACAGCAACAUGGGUCCACCUCCUCCUGGGUUUAGGUCUGAAUACACAGAUCCUCCUCCCAGUUAUGGAUUUACAGAUUCGUACGGCAGACCUCACAGCGCAAACUGUGGAGGAAGUGGACUAGGGGGCGGAGUCGGAGGACUUGGAGGCGGAGGUUUAGGAGGCGGAGUCGGAGGAUUAGGAGGACUCGGAGGAUUAGGAGGCGGAGGCGGGGGACUAGGGGGCAGAAACAGAGGUGGAGGAGGAUUCUGGUCUGGAAUGGGAACAGGAGGGCUGCUGGGAUACCUGUUCGGCUCUCAGAGGCGUGGUCCUCCUGUGAGCCCUUACAGAUCGCCGAAUUGCAACACCGACAAACGCUCCAGCACCAACAGCAGCUCAGGGACUCGCACUGCUUCAGGUUUCGGUGGAACAAAGAGAAGAUAGACAGCGCUGGAUACGAGGCAACUGAUGACGUCAUAGAACAUCGUUUAAAAAAAACGUUUGUGGAGUUCGGAGUGAAUGAAUGUUAAAUAGCAAAACUAGCUUUAGCCACACUGGUGGAAAAGAAUCUAUCUUUUGAAAUUAAAUCUGCUUUGUGCACCAUGUUUGAUAUGAGAUAUAUAUUCAGGAAGUGUGUUUAACCUCCUUUUGUGUGAUUUUAUUAUUAUUAUUUUUUAAACUUUUUCUGAAUACCGCUAUAGCUAUUGAACUGUACUGUUUGUUGCUAAGGAACUUGUCCAUUUUCAUCUCCGUAUUUUUAAAAAAAGAUGAUGCAGAACAGGCCAGGGUAAUAUUUUACAGCACCAUUUAUUUAUUGUGAUCUUUGGGAUUAAAACAACAAACCACAGCUUCGAGUGAACUGAUUCACUCUGAGUUCUGCCUGUAAUUAAAUACCGGCUCUUUUUUCCCUGAACAGUUAAUACAUAAAUAAAGGUUAUUUUUGUAGUAA